AUCCAUUUUUGUGCAUUUAAGAAAUCACCAAGAAUUACCAACCUGGAGGAAAGCGAGCUAAGCGGAGUGACAGAGGAGGGUUAAGGACUCCAAACGAAAACAAACAAGGACGGACCGGACACCUUUUAUUCCAACAUGCGAGUAAAGCCUUUCUAAAGGAUGGCAGCGAUGGGUUAGACAGGAUUUAACAUGACUGCAAAAUAAAAGCCACUGUGUGUAAAAGAUGUCUGCUCCACACGGGCCCCGGAGCGGCCCUGGCCCUGCUGCUGCCUCAGCGGCCGGCGCCAUGCCGGAGAUGCCCGACCUCAGCCACCUCACCGAGGAGGAGAGGAAGAUCAUCCUCGGAGUCAUGGACCGACAGAGGAAGGAGGAAGCGAAGGAACAGUCGAUGUUAAAGAUCAAAGAAGAACCAAAGCCUCAGCCGGCACAGUGGUUUAGUGGGAUCACUGAGCUGGUAAAUAACGUCCUUCAGCCUCAGCAAAAGUCCCAAAAUGAAAAGGAGCCAGAGCCAGACGCGAAGUUGCACCAGCAGUUUGAGUCGUAUAAGGACCAGGUUAAGAAGAUGGGGGAGGAGACCAAGCAGGCUCAGGACCAAAAGAGUGAAGCCCCCACAUGCGGAAUAUGCCACAAAACCAAGUUUGCCGAUGGCUGUGGCCACCUCUGUUCAUAUUGCCAAACGAAAUUCUGUGCUCGGUGCGGAGGACGAGUGUCUCUGCGGUCAAAUAAGGUUAUGUGGGUAUGCAACUUGUGCCGAAAACAACAAGAAAUCCUCACAAAAUCUGGGGCGUGGUUCUACGGCUCAGGGCCUGGUCAGGUGCGGGGCGUGUUUGAGGGCGGGCCACAGGGGAAGAAGGCCAAAUUGCAAGACCCGUCCUUGUACCCGUACCAGGGAGCCUCAGGGGACUUGACACCAGCGUCAGACAGAAGCAGACCUCACGGCGGGCUCCUGCCCAGACAGGCGUCCCUUGACAACGGUUCGGGGCUGAGGUACUCAGUACCUGGCGACACACCCAUAGACAGGAAACGAAGCCCAUCUGCAUCCAGGGAUCCAAACCAAAAAUACGACCAAAGGGAGGGGGGUGACCACGCACAGUAUGCCCCGACGGACGGCGGCAUGCCCAGAUCACCGUCUGACUAUGGGCAUGGGGACCCUCGGCGGGCUCCGCGGGGCCCACACUUGUACCCAGAUGCGGCACGGAUGGGAUACCGGGACCGACGGGGGCCCGGACGCUGGCACUCCCAGGAAUACCCACUGGACCAGGAUCUAGAUGGACCACCCAGUGAGUAUGACCUCCAGCGGCAGCGUCAGGAGGAAUUCCAGGCGCGUUAUCGAAGCGACCCCAACCUGGCACGUUAUCCUGUUAAGCCCCAGCCCUAUGAAGAGCAGAUGAGGAUGCACGCCGAGGUUGGGCGCUUCAGACAUGAACGCCGCCAUAGUGAUGUCUCCCUGGCUUACACGGAGCAGGAUGACCCAGGCCCCAUCCGCCUAUCCCGUCAGCAUCUCACCGAGCGCCGGCCGCCUAUGGUGGGACAGCGAUCUUACUCUGUCGACCGCUCCUCCCCGGGGCCCAUGGGCCCUGGGCUUGGAGGCCACAGAACCUCCAACCACAGCCCCCCGACGCCACACCGUAGCCCUGUGCUGGGCGACCGAUCUGGGGACCUGCGGAGAGGUGACCUGGGUGUAGGCGGGGAUCCCAUGAGGAGGCAGCAACACCACUUGGACCCCAGUUCAGCUGUCCGCAAGACUAAGAGGGAAAAGAUGGAGAGCAUGUUGAGGAAUGACUCUCUCAGCUCGGACCAGUCGGAGUCGGUGCGCCCGCCGCCUCCCAAGCCCCACAAAACCAAAAAGGGAGGAAAGAUGCGGCAGGUGUCGCUGAGCAGCUCGGAGGAGGAGCUGGCCACUACACCAGAGUACACCAGCUGUGAGGAUGUGGAGAUAGAGAGUGAGUCAGUCAGUGAGAAAGGGGACAGUCAAAGGGGAAAAAGAAAAACUAUUGAGCAGACAUUUAUGUCCGAGCCGACACACACCUUAUCUGAGAGGCAAAAGAAAAUGGUGCGCUUUGGGGGACACUCAUUUGAAGAGGACUUGGCAUGGUGUGAACCGCAGGUUAAAGACUCGGGAGUUGAUACGUGCAGUAGCACUACCCUAAACGAGGAGCAUAGCCAUAGUGAGAAGCACCCGGUGACGUGGCAGCCGUCCAAAGAUGGGGAUCGCCUAAUAGGGCGUAUUUUGCUCAAUAAGCGCAUGAAAGAUGGAAGUGUGCCUCGAGACUCAGGAGCUCUGCUUGGUCUGAAGGUGGUGGGAGGCAAGAUGACGGAAUCUGGUAGACUUUGUGCUUUUAUCACUAAAGUGAGGAAAGGAAGUCUAGCAGACACUGUUGGACACCUCAGACCAGGUGACCAGGUGCUGGAAUGGAAUGGGAAGCUUUUACAAGGAGCCACAUUUAAAGAAGUUUACAAUAUCAUUUUAGAAUCUAAGCCUGAGCCGCAAGUGGAGCUGGUGGUCUCACGGCCUAUAGGAGAUAUUCCAAGGAUACCAGACAGCACACAUGCACAACUGGAAUCAAGUUCGAGUUCUUUUGAGUCUCAGAAGAUGGAUCGCCCAUCCAUCUCCGUCACGUCCCCCAUGAGUCCCAGCAUGCUGAGGGACGCCCCCCAGUACCUGUCAGGACAGCUCUCAGUCAAACUGUGGUAUGACAAAGUGGGCCAUCAACUAAUCGUCACCAUCCUGGGUGCCAAAGACCUGCCGCCCAGAGAAGACGGCCGGCCCAGGAACCCUUAUGUCAAAAUCUACUUCCUGCCUGAUAGAAGCGACAAAAGCAAGAGGAGAACAAAAACGGUAAAGAAAUCCUUAGAGCCCAAAUGGAACCAGACCUUUAUGUAUUCGCCGGUGCACCGGCGGGAGUUUCGGGAGCGCAUGCUGGAGAUCACACUGUGGGACCAAGCCAGGGUGAGGGAGGAGGAGAGUGAAUUCCUGGGAGAGAUCCUUAUUGAGCUUGAGACAGCUCUUCUGGAUGACGAGCCACACUGGUACAAACUGCAAACCCAUGAUGUGUCCUCCAUCCCACUCCCACGUGCCUCCCCGAACACACAGCGUAGGCAGCUCCAUGGAGAGAGUCCAACCCGGCGGCUGCAGAGAUCGCAGAGGAUAAGCGACAGUGAGAUCUCAGACUACGAUUGUGAGGAUGGUGUCGGGGUAAUAACAGACUACCGGCCAAAUGGCAGAGACUUCCAGAGCUCCACAUUGUCUGUCCCUGAGCAGAUCAUGUCGUCUAACCACUGCUCUCGGUCAGCUGAUAUUAACAGGGCGCGGUCGCGCUCUCCCAGCGUCCCCCCGCCCUCCAGGAACCACGGAGCCAUGGAUAGACAUGAAUAUCACAGCAGGUCCCGCUCUGCAGACCAGCGGCCCACUAUAGAGCGCCCCACAUCCCGCUCGCGCUCCACUGAACGCCCCCACGACUCUUCGCUCAUGAGGUCCAUGCCGUCUCUGCCAUCUGGGAGGUCCGCUCCCCCCUCACCUGCCUUGACGAGGGCGCAUCCUCGUAGUGGAUCAGUGCAGACCAGUCCCACCAGUACCCCCAUGUCCAGUAGACGAGGACGACAACUCCCACAACUUCCACCAACAGGGAAAGACAGAAGUAUGGACAUGGAGGAGAGGACCAGGCAGAUGAAAAUGAAGAUGAACAAGUACAAGCAGGGAGCGGGCUCAGACUCCAGACUGGAGCAGGACUACCACAAGCGUUCAGGCAGAGAUCCACGUGGCUCAGACAACCUGUCGGCCAAAUCAUCGGACAGCGAUGUAAGCGACGUGUCCGCUGUGUCGAGAACCAGUAGUGCCUCUCGGUUCAGCAGCACGAGCUACAUGUCUGUCCAGUCAGAAAGACCCCAAGGAAACCGCAAGAUCCGCCAGUUGCGAUCAAGGAGCCAUUCUCGGGAGGGAGAUGAGCAUUUAGGAGAAGUGCUAGAGGAGGAGGAGGCAGGUGGGGGAGGAGGAGAGGAAGGCAGAAGGGAGAGUAAAGAGGGGCGAUUGCAGGGAGGGAGGAAGGGAUCGUUGGGGGAGGUAGACACAGACAAGGAGCAUCAGGAGGAUUUGGUGGAGCAAGAAGAGGACUUGCACCAGAGAAGUGUCUCAGAGACUGACCUCAGUGACUUUGCAUCCAAAAUGAAAAACAGGCAGAUGGGCUCAUCGGGCGGGAUGAACAUGACCAAGAGCACAAGCAUCAGCGGUGACAUGUGUAACCUGGAAAAGACGGACGGCAGCCAAUCAGACACAGCGGUCGGCACGGUAGGCACUGACGACAAGAAGAGGCGCUCCAGCAUUGGUGCCAAAAUGCAGGCCAUGGUUGGCAUGUCACGCAAGAGCCGGAGCACCUCUCAACUCAGCCAAACAGAAGCGGGAGGUAAGAAGUUACGCAGCACGAUCCAGAGGAGUACAGAGACCGGCCUGGCGGUGGAGAUGAGGAGCAGGAUGACUCGGCAGGCCAGUCGGGAGUCCACAGAUGGCAGCAUGAACAGCUACAGCUCUGAGGGAAAUCUCAUCUUCCCUGGUGUGAGGCUCUCCUCAGAUGCCCAGUUCAGUGACUUCCUGGAUGGCCUCGGCCCUGCCCAGCUGGUCGGACGACAGACGUUGGCCACUCCACCUAUGGGUGACAUCCAGAUUGGUAUGGUAGAGAAGAAAGGAGCAUUGGAAGUGGAGGUCAUCAGAGCCCGUGGCCUUGUGGGAAAACCAGGUUCCAAGGCACUGCCAGCACCAUAUGUAAAGGUCUACCUUUUGGAAAACGGAGUCUGCAUAGCCAAAAAGAAAACAAAAGUAGCAAGAAAAACCUUGGAUCCUCUCUACCAGCAGCAACUGCCGUUUGAGGAGAGUCCGGGAGGGAAGGUUUUACAGGUCAUCGUUUGGGGUGACUAUGGACGUAUGGACCAUAAAUCAUUCAUGGGAGCAGUUCAGAUACUGUUAGAUGAGCUGGACCUGUCCAACAUGGUGAUUGGCUGGUUCAAGCUAUUUCCUCCUUCCUCACUGGUGGACCCUACUCUGGCCCCACUGACUAGAAGAGCUUCCCAAUCCUCACUGGACAGUUUCUCUCGAUCAUAGCAGCGUGUGGACUGAUAGCGUUGUUGUAGCAGCCAGUGUUGCGAUUACAGGUCACGCCCCCCGGUUACACUGCAUGCUUGAUGUUGUGUCUUCUGAGCCUGUUUCUAGGGGUGCAAACGUGAUCCUGUGUUUUAAGCAAAAACAUCGCGCACUUUGUGCACGUGGCGAAGCGUGUUGCAAGCGCCUGGUGACCGGGAUUGCCGGGUGUUGAUGUUGUUGUUUUGGAGGAAGCUGGAAUGAACUCCUUAGCACGAGGAAUCUGUAAGUUCCAGGUUUUCAUCCAAUUUGAAGCCAUGGGGGUCAGUCCUGGGAACCGAUAAACGAGUUCUACAGAAGCCCUUUUCGAAUGAAAAAUAAAUGUUCUGCUUUGAUUUUUUUUCUUUGUUUUCAUCUGUUCUGUUUAUUCUUUCUUUUAAAGUCAGUGUACUUGUAUAUGAAGGGGGUGACAGUGUUUCUAAUCAGAUGCUUGGUCACGCCACGCCAACAGACCUAGCUGUUUAGAUGGAGUUUUGGAGACCAUCACUUUAGGUGAGGUGUGUCCCAGCUUGUAUCUACACUCUCCCAAAACACCAGAAGAAAUGCCCCACAUACUCUAGGUUUAUGUACUGAAUCAAAUCGUGCUGGUAAAUCACCAGAAAUACUUCAAAGUUAGUAAGGCAAUAUUCAAGUGGCUAGCAUCAACACUCCAGAAUAUACAGUAAUGAUACAGACUCCAUGAAAAGAUGUACAAUCUACCAUCGUUCUUUCUCUGUUGAUAUAUUGUAUGAAAAUUAAAUGAGAAAAUAUUUUUUUCCUCUUUAGUUCAUUUGCAUGGACACAAAUUUAGCUGAAUUUAAAAAAAAAAAAAGAAAAUUAUUUUCUUGAGGCUGCAACUUGCAAAAAAGAUGAAGAAAAAUAAAUAAAACAGAUCAGCCAUUUUCAACAAUUUAUAUUAUUUUUAAAGAUAAAUUUCACUAGUGCAUGGUUUUCAAGGGGAGUGAAUGCAACAUUGUGAUUAAAAAAAACAAAAACAAACAUUGUUUAUCAUUCUUUAGACCAUUCAUGAGUCUGUGUUUUGCAGACAUGCAGAUAAGGGAAACUUAAAGGAAACUUUUGGAAUUAUUUAACAGAAAAUGUUUAUGUGACAAAAAGUGAUAAUGAAAAUAAAUGUAAAUUAUUUAUUUCAUUGUAAAAGGCUCACGCCUUAUAAAGAUAAACAUUAUGUGCAAAUUGUACAUGUUUCUCUUUUUCUUCCUUGUCCCAGGGUACUUCUCAUUGUACUACUCAUCGCUACCAUUGUUCAGUCCCCUGAUAUUGUCCAGAUUUUAGGACUGUUGGUUAUUUUACAGUUCUGUAUUGUUUCAGUAUGUAUUUAAUUUUAGAUCUGAUUUGUUUAACAAGCAUGUUGAAAAGGAUUUUCUGCAACAUGGCUUGGGCACACCUUACAGUAACUCAGCAUGUUUUGAUAAAGAUGAUAUUUGGAAUUUUUGCAGUUUCUUGUACAGUGCAUGUCAACUUCAUUACUUUUCUCCCUCACCUUAAAUUGAACGCUACAGCAAAUUAGUUCUUGGUCUUCGACGGCCAACUAUUGACGUUUCAACAAAAACAUUCCACCCCAAGUUCAUAUUUUCUUUCAGGUUUUUCAGAAAAAAAAGUGACAAGGAAAAUAUUUUAUAUUUAAUGGAGGUUGACGAAACAGUUGUGAUUGCAAGUGUAUUUUAUUUCAGUAUUGUUGACAAACAUGCAAAAAUAAUCUGUAUUGGUACAGCAAGAGGUCUAUACCUAAUCAAGAGGCAGCAAACAUGCCAGAUAUGUAUGUUGCUGUGGUUCAAUUUUACAGGCGCUGUUUGUGAAGAUGAGCUAAUCACAAGUUCAAAUAAGGGAUAUUGCCACAGAAAAUGUUUUUUUCUUGUUUUAAUGAAAAUGAAAUUAAUUUACUAUAUUUUUGUUAGUUUUAUUUAAAAGCCAAGACCAGUUUAUUUUUUAUUUUCUAUUUUUAGUAAUUAUAAAUACUUCUCAUGUCUGGGAAGUAUAUGAAUCUUAUAGUUGCAGUAUGUCUGAAUGAAAAUGAACUGAGGCAUUAUUCCUUUUCCAUAUGAAGAUAAUACGUUUUAAUGUCCAAGAAGACCUUGUCGCUGUAACAAGCUACAGUAUAUUUUCAGUUAAAUUUUCAUUGUACAUACCUUUAGAUGUCAGGAUUUGAAUAAACAAGCUACCAUGAAAAGACUGAUAGGCUCUUUUGGAACAGGAAAAAUGCCUCACAUGAUGACAAAGACAUAUGUUAUUUAUCCUUUUGAAUGCCUUUUAAUUUUCUCUUUUUGGUGCAAUGUGUUAAUGCCAAGGCUAUGUCUUGGUUAAGUAUGGUUGAGUACAGAGAUUUAUGUAAGUUAUUUUUCAAAUUAAAAAUAAAAAAUUGA